CUCCUCCAAGAUCAGGCGGUUGCAUUUCUAUCCUCCUUUCCCGUCCACUGGACGCCUCUGGAGUAUGAGAGAGAUGGCUUCACGGCUCCCUGGAAGCGGAGGCCUGAUGGUGCCCCAGGAAAUGCGGGAUAUCCUUGCGCAGCCGGGAUUUCUGAGCAUAAAGAACGGGGCACAGAAGCUGAAGAAGUUAUAUGCCAUACAUUCCUCACACUUUAACCCUGGUCUGAUCACCGCCUUUGGGCUGGCCUGCUACCUCGGAGACCUGGACUCGGUACAGAAGGACAUACAAGCCGGAAUCGCCCCCGAGCUGAGCGGUUGGGAGACCCCAUUCCAGCUUAGCUACCCAACCCUGGUGGUGGAAGGUGCGAGCGCUCUGAAGCGAGGUACACAUGAGGGGCCGAACCCUCAGCACGUUGAAGUCCUCAAGCUCCUCCUCUCGUCGGGCGCACCCCCGGACAUCCCCGACAUCGUCGGGCUCACCGCUCUCCAUCACGCUACGAUGGACGCCAACGUGCCGGCCGAGCUCGCCCGUGUCCUGCUCGAGAACGGCGCCAACGUGAAUCACCGGGACCGCUACGGCGCCGUCCCGCUCCAAGGGGCCAGCCACAGCAACCACGUCGCCGCGGUAGACGUCCUCAUGGAGUUCGGGGCGGACGUGAAUAUCAGCGACACGGAUGGGGUCGUCCCGUAUGAGUUUGCUUUGCAAUGCGGCCCGCAAGUGACCGCGGUGGUGCAGAAGUGGCUGCGGAAGCGCGAGGGCGUGGAGGCGCCGAUGGAGGAGAAGAGAUGCGAUAACUGCAAGGCCGAUGCCUCGGGCAAGGGUGUCAAGCUGAAGAUGUGUUCCGCAUGCCAUACGUCGUGGUACUGUUCGUCCCAGUGCCAGCGACAACACUGGAAGACCCACAAGCCACACUGCCGCCCAUUCUCAAAGUCCAACACGGUCACCCUCAUCCCGAGCUACAGUAAUCACGGCCACAUGGCCCCCAUGGCGGACCUCAUGCGCGCCUUCACCGGCGUCUCACCCACCGUCCCCGAGUUCACCCCCACCCUCCCAGCAAAGCCGAAGCUCUCCUCCAAGUCCAUGAUCGUCAAAGUCCAAGUGCCAUGGUCUCCCGGAAGCCAGAGGUCUGUCGCGCCCAUUCUUAUCUAUAACAAGAAGCAGGACUUCAAGUGCUCCGUGCUGAGGAGCAGCGAUCCUGCGGCGUACGACCGCAUCCAGGACGUCGUGCGGAAGCGCGGUGUGGGGGGCGCGAAAGCGUAUCUCAUGGCUGAGUUGGAGAAUCCUGGUAAACUCGUAGUUAAGGUCGAUGAGAUUCUGGCGGAGCAGCCGUUCUGAUGUUCUUGGAGUGUGUUGUACUUGUCUUUGGUUCUUGUCGGGUGGUCGGUUGUUGUAUGGUAGCUGUCAAUCUUGUGUUCGACCUCUUGUUAUUCCGUACAGCUAUUAUAGUGGCAUUACCUCUUUUCGCAUAAUUUUCUAGGAUCAAUGGUUGUGUACUUUGCCACUGCGGGAGGCAAACCAGGCUCCUAAACCAUCCGUCCUUAGCGUUCUCUCUCCUCCUUUACUGGGGCGCACGUGCAGUGUUAUAUAAUACAAAUCUAUUUUUAAUUUA